CUUCUUAUGAAAACAAAUCAACAACUACUUUAAUAAAAUUUUGGAAGACACUGCAGUGAAGGAGCAAAAUUCUUAGUGGCAUUUUCAUCUUUUAAAAUAAAUUUGGGAAGUGACCGAGUGAAGGUGCAAAAUUUUCAGUGACAUUUUCAUCUUUUCAAAGCAAAAAGGCGGUAAUCAACAUCAUGCCUAACAUAUUGGAAUUGGUAACUUGUGAAGAUAAUCUUGAUAUAAGUUUGUCGGUUGGGAAUAGCUAUGAGAGUGGUAAUGGAGCUUCAGCUUACAAUUAUGAAUAUGGUGGGAAUGGAGGUGGCUCAUCUUACAACUAUGACUGUGGUAACAAUAAUGCACAAAAUAUACAAGCAUUUUCAAGUUCUUCCAAGGGAGUUGAAUCGAUCGACGAUGUUGACGUAUUUGAUAACAUACUGGCCAACGCAGGAUCAAAGCUAGUUGUGCUCAAGUUCCAUGCAACAUGGUGUCCACCAUGCAAAGGAAUUGCACCUAAAUAUGUGGAGUUGGCUAAGCAAAAUCCAGAUGUUAUUUUCCUGGAGAUCGAAGUCGAAGAGGACGCUGCUGCCGAUCUUGGCUCAAGAUAUAACGUGAGAAUGAUACCCACAUUUAUAUUUAUCAAGAACGGUGAACAGGUUGACGCUUUCUCGGGAGCCAACUGCUCAGAGUUGGAGAAAACAAUUGAAAGACUAAAAUAGACACAGUUUGUUUAUUAAAUUAAGUGAGUGAUGAUACAGGUACCGAGGUACAGCUCCAUUUAAAGAUGCAGCAAUCAAACAAACCAUUUUAACACACAAUUACUCUUUGAACUAUAUAGCUUAAAGAGUUUGAAAGGAUAUAAAAGCUAUAACUUUAGGCUGCAAAUUGAGAGGGUACCAACAAUGGGAGAGUGUUGAAAAAAAUAAAGAUAGUAAAAAAGUGAAAAAGGAAGAACAAUUUAAUAAGAGACAAAAGAGUAAACCCUAAAAUAUUUAAAAAGAUAAUUUAAAAACAUGUUAAAAUAUAUUCCUUUCUCUUCAAUAUUAAACUUUUCUACCCAAUUUCAAUUUAAGCAAAACAGUGUUUUAUUUUGUCAUUUUUAAUAAAAAUUCUAAAAUUUA